AAAAAUAAACAGCGGAAGAAUCAGAAAACAGCUUACAAACUAGUCACAAGACUCAUUAGGCUUUCAUACUCUGAUGCAAAAAAAUCCCGAGAAAUGUCUCUCUUCUACGAUCUUCAAAUCUGUAUCAAUGGAGAUCACACAUUCUUCCUCAAUCAGGAUGUGAUCUCAAAGUACUCUGGAAGCUUGAGGAAGAUGAUAAAACAGAGCAAGAAGAAGAGAAACAAGAAGAGUAAAUCUCCAGAGAUCAUCACUAUCGAGAUCGAUGGGUUUCCAGGUGGAUCAGAUGGGUUUGAGCUGGUUUCAAGGUUCUGUUACAGCAACGGAGGAAUCUCAAUCGAUGUCUCAAACGUCUCGACUCUGUACUGCUGCUCUGUUUUUCUAGGCAUGACGGAAAAGCUCUGUUUCUCUAACCUCUUGCUUCAGACAGAGUCUUUUCUCGAAGAAGUGUUCUACGGUUCUUGGAACGACAUCGUUUUAAGCCUCAAGAGCUGCGAGCAAGUGUUCCUCCACGCAGAUUCGUAUGGUCUCGUCGAUAAACUCAUUUUCUCAGCUUUGACCAAAAUCUCUCGGAGCUCAGAAGCGUUCUCUUCCUCUUCACUGUCUUCUUCUUCGCCUUCUUCGGCUAAGAACACGCCUGAAUCAGACAAAAGGUUAGCUUCUCAGAAUGUUUCUUGCGGAAGAAGCAACGAGUGGUGGUUCGACGAUAUGUCAAGUCUCUCCCCAGUGAUCAUCUUGAAGCUAAUAAGGAUCAUUGGAGCUUACAAAACCAACGUGAAAAGCUUGGUCCUGACUAAGUUUCUUCUCCAUUAUCUCAAGACAAGACUCCAAACCAAAUCAAGAAAUAUAGAGCUUAUGAGGAACAAGCUUGAGUACUCUGAUUUAGCUGAUACAGCGGUUACAGGAGUGGUUUUGGCUGGUAAAACCGCGUUUUCUUGCAGGAAACUCUUUUGGGUUCUUCGGGUUUUAUCCAGUUUUAGUCUAAGUAGAGAGUCAAAGACCGGUUUAGAAACCCUAAUUGGAGAAAUGUUGGAUCAAGCAACACUUGAUGAUCUUCUGAUACCUGCAGCUGGAGGAAGCAGAGAGAGUGGGUUCUACAAUGUGGAUCUUGUGAUAAGAUUGCUAAAAGUGUUUGUGAGGAACAGAGAAGAAGAAGAAGAAGAAUCAAAGAUGAAAGAAGUUGGGAGAUUGAUUGAUAAGUAUUUAAGAGAGAUAUCUCCAGAUCAGAAUUUGAAAGUAUCCAAGUUCCUUGGCGUUGCAGAGAGUUUGCCAGAUUCUGCUAGAGGUUGCUUUGAUGGAGUUUACAGAGCCAUUGACAUCUAUCUACAGUCUCAUCCUAAUCUAACACCAGAAGAUCGAACAAAGAUAUGUCGAUGUCUCAAUUACAAGAAACUGACACUGGAGACCUGCAGACAGCUCGCCAGAAACCCUAAGAUCCCUCCAGAUAUUGCCAUUCAAGCACUCAAAUCCAGAUGUGACGAUCAAAAGCACAGAACUCCAACUCCAGAAGUGAAACUUGUAAACAAGAGUACGUGUCGUAGUCGUAGACACUCACAAGACAAGAAGCCUGUAAUGUUGCACCACAAAGGCUUUGCGAUAUCAGAGAAAUUAGCCGAGGAGCUGAAGACUAAAGAAGGAUAUAACUGGAAGGUUAUAGAUAGAUUCAGAGAACGGCUAUGAGGUGAAAUUGUAAUCUCUUUUUGCGUCCCAGUGUUGUACAGAGUCUUGUACAAAUAAUCGGUUUCACCAAUAUUUUUUAGUACCAAAUUGACUAGCU